UUUACGGACUAGAGCGGUAAAAUAAAUUUAUGUGGCCAAAAGAAGCAAGAAAUAAGACCCUCAAAACACAACAUAAAAUCCUAAAUGCGGUGGUCACACUUACUCAACUCAUUCUCUCUCCUCCGCAAACACACCAUCCUCAACACUACAACACCACCACCACCUUCAACUUUCUCUCUCCUCCAAACCCACCCCAUGUCAACCCAACCCAAACCCGAACCCGUUUCCCCCUCCACCACCAAAGUGGGCUGGAUCGGAACCGGCGUAAUGGGCCGAUCCAUGUGCGCCCACAUCCUCAAAGCCGGUUACAAACUCACCGUCUUCAACCGAACUAUCUCCAAAGCCCAACCUUUACUGGACCAAGGGGCCCACUUAGCCACCUCCCCCGCCGAAGUCGCCGCUCAAUCCGACGUCGUUUUCACCAUCGUCGGUUUCCCUUCCGACGUCCAAUCCGUCACCUCCUCCGUUCUCUCUCUCCUGCGACCAGGUGGAAUCCUCGUUGACAUGACAACCUCCGACCCCUCUCUCGCCGUCGAAAUCUCCUCCUCCGCCGUCGCUAAAUCUUGCUUUUCCGUCGACGCUCCAGUUUCCGGCGGCGACCGUGGCGCACGCGCCGGCACUCUCUCCAUCUUCGCCGGAGGCGACCCAGAAAUCGUCGACUCUCUCUCUCCUCUUUUCUCUCUCAUGGGGUCCACAUACUACAUGGGUGGGCCCGGAAAAGGGCAAUCGGCGAAGUUAGCGAACCAGAUUACGAUUGCGUCAACAAUGGUGGGAUUGAUCGAAGGGAUGAUUUACGCGCAUAAAGCGAAAUUGGAUCUAUCGUUGUUCUUGGAAGCGAUAUCGAAAGGCGCGGCGGGUUCGAAGAGUCUGGAAUUGUAUGGUGGGAGGAUUUUGAAGAGGGAUUUUGAAGCUGGGUUUUAUGUUGAUCAUUUUGUCAAGGAUUUAGGGAUUUGUGUUAAGGAAUGUGAGAAAAUGGGGAUUAGUUUGCCUGGGUUAGGGUUAGCUCAUCAAUUGUAUUUGUCACUUAAGGCUUAUGGGGAAGGUGGGUUGGGUACUCAAGCUCUUGUUUUGGCUCUUGAGCGGCUUAAUAAUGUGUUGUUGGACUCGAGUUCGGGUUUGGGGUCUGGUUCGAGUAAUUAAAGAGGUUCGGGUGUAAAUUAGAAUGUACCCGUGCUUUUGAGGUGCGGUGAAUAAUGGCUGUAUGUAAUUAAUAAUUAUAAAUUAUGUAUGGAUGAAUUGGUGUUAUGCAAUGCAAUCACAUUUGGGUUUA